CUUUGGGCCUCACAGCUCUUAUGGGACUUGAUAUUAAUCAGAAACCUUUGCACAAAGCUAUCUGGGAGUCUUUCUGUGAACAGGCAUCCUGAGAGAGUUCCACUAUCCUUCAGACUUCUACCAAUUGAUCACGAAUUUCCCAAAGCAAAAUCAAAGCGUUCUACCUAUGAGUGGUACAUACCAAAGGGUAUCUUGAAGACAAAAUGGAUGCACAAACAUCUUUAUCUCUCUCCUGCUGUGGUGGUCAUGUUUUAUGAGUUGGAUUGGGAUGACGUUCAGUGGAAAGACAGGCAAACUGAAUGUGCUUCAAAACUAGAAAGAGUCAGGACCAGCCUUCAAGACCAGAACACUAAGGUUGCUGUGGUUCUUAUCCAAAAGAAUGCUCCUCUUCCUCCAGGUGAUGAUUUACAAGCACUAGAGAGGGCAGCAACACUGUGCAGUGCAUGUGACCUGUCAGCCAAAUCAUUGUUUGUCCUUCCACAUACAGAUCACUUGAUUGGCUACACAAUUAGGCUGGAGAAUGCUUUUUAUGAUUUAGCACAGAGUUAUUACCAUGGAGAAUGUAGGAGAGUUAAAGCCCACAAGGAAUUUCUUAACAAAGGAACUCAUCAGCUAUUGUUGGUGCGACACCAAUUCAAGGUUGCCUUUUUCAAUGAGCUAAGACAAGACCCUCACUCUGCUAUCAAGCACUACAGGCAAGCAUACAGUCUUCUUGGAGAAAUCAAGACAACUGACAUGAACAUACUAGAGAUCAAAGUUGUUGCUGGAUUUAUUAAUUACAAG